AGUCCUCUCGUCCCCUCGCCUGCCCACCUCACCCCGCCGUUGCUCCCGAGUCCCAAACCCCAGCGCGAGAGAAGAAGAGAGGGAGAUGGUGGGGCCGCAGUACGAUCUCGUCGGGAACCCACUGGGCGCGGUGCGCGCCACCUUCGAGAGGACGGCUGCCGCCGCGGCGGCGGAGUCCGGAGGAGCCGACCCUGUGGCGGCCUUCCGGGGGAAGGAUUGGGGCGCUGGCGACCUCUUCCGCUCCUUCCUCUUCGAGCAAGACGGCCUUGGCAAGGUUCCGGUGUUGGAUGCAUCAAAUCUUGGAUUGAUCAAACCAAACACCCUGGUCCGGUACCGGGGAAUGGUCCAGGAUAUGCUUGGGAAUGAGUACUACAUUGGUGCUUUCAAGGAUGGGUCAACUUGGAGGACAAACAAGUUCACUGACGUCUCACCGUUCUCAAUGCCGCAUCCUUGUGAUUCGCAUCUUUGGGAGCGCCAUCUCUUCCACUGUGUGCCUGCACCUGGACAAAAUUCUUGGACACUGGAGUCUUCACCAGGACCUGAUGUUCGCAGGAUGACAAACUGCUUGGCACCUGAAUUAAGAGAGAAAAGGAAGAGAGAUGGGGAUGAUGAUACUAUGGAUGUUUCAGAAAAUGGGCACAGAGAGUCUUCUUCAUUCUGCAAGAAGCCGAAGGAAGGCGAUGCUCAUGUCUCAUCCAGUUCAACUGAAGUGGCAGGAACUGUUCCAGAGAUGAAUGGAGGCGAUCAUCAUAUACCUGGAAGUUCCUUUUCAUGUCUGGUGAAGAUCUAUGAUAUGCCUGAAAGUCAAGUGAAGCUAAAUGAUGUUAUUGAGUUUAUUGGUGUAUAUACAUUUGACCCAGAACUUGCUGCUCCUAGUGACAACCCAGAUGACAUAAUGUUAGACCUCAUGGAAGAUGUAACAGUUCAGUUGCCCCCGAGCAAGGUGCCACGUCUUCACUGUUUGGUAUGGAGAAAAUUAUCAUCCCACGAUUAUAUUUCAAGGCCUGUUGUUGAGCCUUCACCUAGCCUGUUAAAAGGCAUUCGGCAAUCUUUGCUCUCUCACCUCACCCUCGUGUUAGGCAAUGAUGAACUUGCAGCCCAGUGCUUGCUAUUGCAUCUUCUAUCCAGACUUCGCAAUAGGGUGGACGUGGUCACUGUUGGCAGACUCUCCUUGAAUUUCACUGGCUUCAACAAGGAAAGUGCUUCCAUAUUUGGGAAUCAACUGUAUUCUUUAAUCCAGAAAUUGGUGCCAUAUUCACAAGCCAUACCUCUGUCAAUUGACUAUCUCAACACAGCCACACUUCAACCUAGAAAGGACAACAAGUCAGGAAGGUUGGUCACAGGAGUUCUGCAGCUACCUCAAGGCACUCAUCUGACCUUUGAUGAGACUCUUCUGCAGACAGGGUCAUUGACAUCUAAAGGUGUGGAAAAUACCAUGCUGCUCAAGAAUCUGAUGGAGUCGCAGAAGGUUGACUACGAUUUUGAGUACUACAAGCUGGAAAUGGCAGCUGAUGUGCAGCUACUUACUCUCUCUGAGGGAAAAUCAAACAUCCUUCCUUCAGACUUGGUAGUGCCUUUCCGGCCAUCCUCUGUUCCCACAGUUAAUGCAGGUGCUGAGGAAACUGAGAGUUGGAGGUGGUAUUUGGCCACAGUAAGGUCUCUUCCUCAGUCCACUGAACCUGAGACCUACCAGAUGAUUCAAGAUGAAAUGGUCAGUGCCAUGCGUGAUGAUAGGAGCUUGGGUUGUUCUGAACUUAGCAGGUGGCUAACAAUGGCACAAAUAAUGGCCUCAAGCUUUGGUGAGAAGAGUCUUUCUUUGGAGCAUUGGCAGAUGGUGAAGGAGCUUGAGAGGCUUAGAAAGCAGAGGAUGCAAUGAGAUGAUGCAUCAUUAGCAUGUGUUUUUACACUCUAAAUGUUAUUAUGGUGGUAUGCUGUUAUGUGUAUAGUACUGGAUGUGUGAAUCAAGACAUGGAUCCAAGUCAUUUCGUAACAACUAACAACUUCUAUGAUCCUAUGGAUGCUAUGAUGAUGUCUGCUGUGCAUUUUUUUGCUCAAA